UCUGAAGCAGAGGACGGAAGGCUAUGCAAGAAAGAAAAGGGGGAGGAGCACGACAGGUAGUUGUUGGACAGCUUCUCAGCCUCUCGACUCUUCUGCUGAGAUGAGAGUGAUUCACCACACUCUGCUAUUACUGAAUGGGAUUCUCAUCUCACUCCAAGGUUCAGGGAGUGAACCUCGGAUUCAGAUGACGGGAUACCAUGGAGAGGGAAUCCAGCUUGUGUGUAAAUCCAGUGGAUGGAAUCCUGAGCCAGAGAUCCAGUGGAUCGGUGGGGAUGGAAAUGCAUUAACAGAGGCUCAGACAAAGUUCCACAGAGACUCGGGACUUGUAAAUGUUGAGAGCAGUGUUAGAGUAACGAAGCAAUCAUCAAACAAACUGAAGUGCAUGAUCAGGAGCCAACAUUUGAAAAUAGAACAUACGGCAAUUAUUACAAUAUCAGAUGAUCUCUUCCCUGCUGAUGCUGACUGGGUCCUGCCACUGGUCGUCACCAUUUGCAUUCUAAUUGCUGCUAACUCCACUUGGAUUUAUUGGAAUAUGAAACAAAACAGACGCAUAAAAGAGCUGGAACUUCAGAAAUCCAUCAUAGAAUCUGGACAAUGGAAACCCCUUGUGCAGUCAGAGUGGAAGAGGAUAUGUGGCCAUGAAGUCUCUGUCACCCUGGAUGUGGAAACGGCGAGUCCGGAGCUCGAGGUGUCUGAGGAUCGGAAGAGUGUGAGACGGACCGGGACCGGGACCGGGACCGGGACCCGGAGGGAUCUCCCUGACACCGGGAAGAGGUUCACAGACUGGCCUUGUGUGCUGGGAUCGGAGGGAUUCACCUCAGGGGGACAUUACUGGGAGGUGGAGGUGACGGGGAAUCAGUGGUGGAGGCUGGGAGUCGCCGCAGAGUCUGUGGAUAGGAAGAGAGGGGACAGACGGAGUCCGGAGACCGGAUUCUGGAUAAUCGCGCGGCGUGAUGACGAGAUGUGGGUUCUCACCUCCCCUGAGUCCCGUCUCCCUGCCGGUCCCAUCCCCGGGAGGGUGGGAGUUUAUCUCAGUUACGAGUCCGGGACAGUUUCAUUUUACAAUGUGGAGACCAAGUCCCAUCUCUACACUUUCACUGGGAAUAAAUUCACGGGGAAAUUUUAUUCUUCAUUCGGAAUUGCAUAUAAAAACCAGUGGGUGAGAAUCUGCUCCGGUUCCGCUCCGGGUCUGUAACCAAGUCGGUCCCGGGACCGGCGUCAGGAGUCAGUCGGUGUAAAUAUAAAUGUGCGGAGAGUGAAAUAAACACGAUGUGAAAAUUAUCGAUCCAUUAAUUUUAACUCGUUCACCGCAUCCGUCAACGGAACAGAAACACUGCGGAU